CACUCCUUUUACAGCUUUGCUCUUAAAUAAUAAAGCUUUCAUUUUUAGCAUCUCUCUCUCUCUUUCUCUUCUUCUUCUUCUUCUUCUUCUUCUGAAUCGUCACAAUGCGAGACUUCUUCCCCAACUCGUCAAUGGCGAUUCUCUCUGUUUUCCUCUCACUCCUUCUCCUGUCUUUCCCUCUUCCAUCAUCUCAAGAUCUCAACGCCGACAGAGCAGCUCUUCUCUCUCUCCGCUCCGCCGUCGGAGGCCGUACAUUUCGCUGGAACAUCAAACAAACCUCACCGUGUAACUGGGCCGGUGUCAAAUGCGAGAGUAACAGAGUCACAGCCCUCCGUCUACCCGGCGUUGCUCUCUCCGGUGACAUUCCAGAGGGUAUUUUCGGUAACUUAACUCAGCUCCGUACACUCAGCCUCCGUCUCAACGCUCUCUCUGGCUCACUCCCUAAAGAUCUCAGUACCUCUUCCAGUCUCCGGCAUCUUUACUUGCAAGGAAACAGAUUCUCCGGCGAGAUACCUGAAGUUUUAUUCAGCCUUACUCACCUCGUGAGGCUUAACCUCGCUUCCAAUAGUUUCACCGGCGAAAUCUCUUCAGGUUUCACGAACCUCAGGAAGCUAAAGACUCUGUUUUUAGAGAAUAAUCAACUCUCUGGUUCAAUCCCUGACUUAGAUUUACCUUUGGUUCAAUUCAAUGUUUCGAAUAACUCGUUGAACGGAUCUAUACCUAAGAGUCUUCAGAGGUUUGAGUCUGAUUCGUUUCUACAGACUUCACUUUGUGGCAAACCGCUUAAACUUUGUCCUAAUGAAGAAACUGUACCGAGUCAGCCUACUUCUGGUGGAAACAGAACACCACCGAGUGUUGAGGAAAGUAAGGAGAAGAAGAAAAAGAACAAACUUUCCGGUGGAGCUAUUGCCGGAAUUGUGAUCGGAUGUGUUGUUGGUUUUGCUUUGAUUGUUUUGAUACUAAUGGUGCUUUGUCGGAAAAAGGGUAAGGAGAGAUCAAGAGCUGUUGAUAUCUCAACAAUCAAACAGCAAGAAACCGAAAUUCCCGGCGAUAAAGAAGCGGUGGAUAAUGGUAAUGUCUACUCGGUGUCUGCUGCUGCAGCUGCGGCGAUGACCGGAAAUGGAAAAGCCAGUGAAGGGAACGGUCCAGCGACGAAGAAGCUCGUGUUCUUUGGUAAUGCGACUAAGGUUUUCGAUCUUGAAGACUUGUUGAGAGCUUCUGCAGAGGUUCUUGGGAAAGGAACGUUUGGAACGGCCUAUAAGGCGGUGCUUGACGCGGUGACGGUUGUGGCGGUGAAGAGGCUGAAGGAUGUAAUGAUGGCUGAUAAAGAGUUUAAGGAGAAGAUUGAGUUGGUUGGUGCGAUGGAUCAUGAGAACUUGGUGCCAUUGAGAGCUUACUAUUUCAGUAGAGACGAGAAGCUUCUUGUCUAUGACUUCAUGCCUAUGGGAAGCUUAUCAGCUCUCUUACAUGGAAACAGAGGAGCGGGAAGGAGUCCACUAAACUGGGAUGUUAGAUCACGAAUUGCUAUUGGUGCAGGUCGUGGUUUAGCCUACCUUCACUCACAAGGCACUUCGACCUCUCACGGCAACAUCAAGUCCUCGAACAUCCUCUUAACGAAAUCCCACGACGCUAAAGUCUCAGACUUUGGCUUAGCUCAGCUCGUGGGAUCAUCUGCAACAAAUCCAAACCGCGCUACGGGUUACCGUGCACCAGAAGUAACUGAUCCGAAACGUGUGUCGCAGAAAGGUGAUGUGUACAGUUUCGGAGUGGUGUUGCUUGAGCUGAUCACGGGUAAAGCUCCUUCGAACUCGGUGAUGAACGAGGAAGGAGUGGAUUUGCCCAGAUGGGUUAAAUCGGUGGCGAGAGAUGAGUGGAGGAGAGAGGUUUUCGACUCGGAGUUGCUUAGUUUGGCGAGGGAGGAAGAGGAGAUGAUGGCGGAGAUGGUGCAGCUAGGGCUUGAGUGUACUUCACAACAUCCGGACAAGAGGCCGGAGAUGUCGGAAGUGGUUAGGAAGAUGGAGAAUUUGCGACCUUAUUCUGGUUCAGACCAAGUGGACGAAGCUGAUUAAGUCAAAGAUUGUUAAUUGUUGAAUUGUUAAUUUAUUUAAUUGUAAUGAAAUGGUUUGGUUGGGGAGAAAUCAGGUUUUAAUUUAAUUUUUAAUUUUUAAUUUUUGACCCAACUUGUCAAAAAGGAGAUGGGGUUUUAGUGGGUAACUCUGCUGGCAUUUGCAGUUGUUUGUGUUGGGCGUGAAGGAUUUGGUGGUGAUUUGUAAUUAUUGUCGUUGCUUCUCUUUCUUAAAUCUAUUUUCUAAAUUGUUACUUA